CCAAUAGCAGGGCGGAGCUGUAGGAGACGAGCGGCCACUUCCUAGGACGCUGCAGUGAGUGAGAGAGGGGGUCAUCCCGGCGCACCUGACAGGAGGAGUUGCCGGUGUUGUAGUCCUAGUGCCGGCCGGGAGCUCUGCCCGCACAGGACUGCUGUACUGACGGAGACCCGCUCCCGCUGACAGCAGGGCACGGCGGGCCCUCAGCCAUGGCCAGCCAGGAGAGACAGGUGCAGACAACAGGUGAAGAGAGAGCAGCUGCAGAAGGCCCCGACCCUGGAGGGGCCAAGGCUCUAGGCCCGGGGGUGCCGAUAAGGGGCAUCCGUAUGAAGUUCGCCGUGCUCAGCGGACUGCUGGAGGUCGGGGAGGUGACCACUAGAGACCUGGUGGACACGGUCUUCAACCUGCUUGUAGGCGGGCAGUUUGACCUGGAGAUGAAUUUCAUCAUUCAAGAGGUAGAGAGCAUUAUUUGUAUGGUUGAACUGUUGGACAAAUGUGAUGUCACCUGCCAAGCGGAGAUCUGGAGCAUCUUUACUGCCAUCCUGAAGAAGAGCAUUCGCAAUCUUCUGAUCUGUACUGAAGUUGGUUUGGUUGAACUGGUUUUGAACAGAAUUAGUAAGGUUGACGGCAUGAUUGCAGAUUUGUUGGUGGACAUGUUGGGGGUGCUAGCAAGUUACAGCAUCACUGUCCGGGAGCUAAAGCUGUUUUUCAGUAACCUUCAGGGAGAAAAGGGACAUUGGCCUCCUCAUGCAGUAAAGCUGUUGUCGGUGUUAAAGCACAUGCCUCAAAAGUUUGGUCCCAAUGCCUUUUUCAACUUUCCUGGGAAGAGUGCUGCAGCCAUUGCCUUACCUCCAAUAGCAAAAUGGCCAUAUCAGAAUGGCUUCACGUUCCACACUUGGCUAAGAAUGGAUCCAAUAAACAACAUCAACGUGGACACGGCAAAACCGUAUUUAUAUUGCUUUAGAACAAACAAAGGACUUGGUUAUUCUGCUCAUUUUGUUGGUGGCUGCUUAAUUGUCACAUCCAUAAAGUCCAAAGGAAAGGGUUUCCAGCACUGCGUGAAGUACGAUUUCAAGCCUCAGAAGUGGUACAUGGUGUCAAUCGUCCACAUUUACAAUAGAUGGAAGAACAGUGAACUGCGAUGCUAUGUGAAUGGGGAACUGGCCUCCUAUGGCGAGAUAACCUGGCUUGUCAAUACGAGCGAUACUUUUGACAAGUGUUUUUUGGGCUCAUCUGAAACGGCCGAUGCCAACAGAGUGUUUUGUGGACAAAUGGCCGCCGUCUACCUUUUCAGUGAAGCGCUCAACGCAGCUCAGAUAUUUGCAAUUUAUCAGCUUGGUCCUUCAUACAAGGGUACGUUUAAAUUCAAGGCAGAAAGUGACCUCUUUCUUCCAGAACAUCACAAGUUGCUGCUGUAUGAUGGAAAGCUGUCCAGUUCAAUUGCAUUCACAUACAACCCACGAGCCACAGACGCUCAGCUCUGCCUGGAAUCUUCUCCCAAAGAUAACGCCUCCAUAUUCAUCCAUUCUCCCCAUGCCUUGAUGCUCCAGGAUGUGAAGGCUGUUUUAACACACUCAAUUCAAAGUGCAAUGCAUUCUAUUGGAGGCGUGCAGGUUCUCUUUCCACUUUUUGCUCAGCUGGACUAUAAGCAAUACGGGUCUGAUCACAUUGACACUUCUGUCUGCUCUACUCUUUUGGCCUUCAUUUUGGAGUUGCUGAAAAACUCUCUCGCUAUGCAAGAACAGAUGCUCUCCUCAAAAGGCUUCCUUGUAAUAGGGUAUAGCCUUGAGAAGUCUUCCAAAACGCACGUCACUAAAUCUGUGCUAGAACUUAGCCUGGCAUUCUCCAAAUACCUGAGCACUUUGCAUAAUGGGAUCCCCCUACUGAAACAGUUGUGUGACCACAUUUUACUCAACCCAGCAAUAUGGAUUCAUACACCUGCAAAGGUACAGUUGGCUUUGUACACCUACAUGUCUACUGACUUCAUCAGCACAGUUAACAUAUACAAUGCAGUGCGGAGAAUCGGGACCGUCCUCCUGGUGAUGCACACUCUGAAAUAUUUCUACUGGGUUGUAAAUCCCCAGGACCGGAGUGGAAUCGUCCCAAAAGGAUUGGAUGGACCUCGUCCUACCCAGAAGGAGAUACUGACACUCAGAGCGUUCCUGCUCAUCUUCAUCAAGCAGUUGGUAAUGAAGGACUAUGGCGUGAAAGAAGACGAGUUGCAGGCAAUUCUGAAUUAUCUUCUGACAAUCCAUGAAGACGACAACUUGAUGGAUGUUCUGCAGUUACUUGUUGCACUGAUGUCUGAACACCCAAACUCCAUGAUUCCAGCUUUUGAUCAAAGAAACGGAUUAAGGGUCAUUUAUAAACUGCUGGCAUCAAAGAGUGAAGGAAUUCGAGUCCAAGCUUUGAAAGUCCUGGGGUAUUUUUUGAAGCACUUGUCACCAAAGAGGAAAGUGGAGGUUAUGCAGGGCCAUGGAUUGUUCUCUCUGUUGGCUGAGAGGUUGAUGCUGGAGGCAAAACCAAUCACAAUUACAACGUACAAUGGUUUGUUCGAGAUUCUUAUAGAGCAGAUUAACACGCAGGUGAUACAUAAGCAGCACCCUGACCCAGACUCCUCAGUCAAGAUCCAAAAUCCCUUGAUCCUUAAAGUUAUUGCUACCCUCCUGAGGAAUUCUCCUCCAUCUCAAGAGGUGAUGGAGGUGAGGAGGGUGUUCCUCUCGGACAUGAUAAAACUAUUUAAUAACAGCAGAGAAAACAGAAGGAGUUUGCUGCAGUGUUCUGUUUGGCAAGAGUGGAUGCUGUCUUUGUGCUAUUUCAGCCCCCAAAACACAGAAGAGCAGAAGAUUACAGAAAUGGUGUAUGCGAUCUUCCGCAUCCUUCUCUACCAUGCAAUUAAAUAUGAGUGGGGUGGCUGGCGCGUUUGGGUGGAUACAAUCUCUAUCACGCACUCAAAGGUUACCUAUGAAAUGCACAGAGAGAGACUGGCUAAAGCUUUCAGGGACUAUGAGGACCACGUAGAUGGGGAAAUAGAACCUGGACCAUCAAGUCCUGUAAGAACUGUCUCAGGGUACAGCAGGCAGCCAGAGACGACUCUUCAAACACCAAGUUUGGAAUUGACUAGAACAACAUUAAAUUAUAGUGAAAAUACUGAGUCUAGAAGAACUGUCGAGGAAGAGCAUAACGUGGGGAGUAUGGGGAAUCUUCCCACUGUAGACAACCAGGAGAAAAAGGAAUCUGAAACUGCUCUAGUUACUGAUGAGAUUUCGGAAAAUGAAACUGAAGUUAAUGUAGAAACACCAGAAAAUCGCCAAGAUACAGCGGAAUCUCCAGGCACAGAGCCUAUAACCACUGUCUCGAAUGAUAGCCAGGAUGUUGAAUCUACCUCUACACCAGGUGCUAAUGGUAAUGAAAUUGAUGUUGUGAAGUCAUCAAGCAUAUCCGAAACCUUAGACCCGAUGGAAAAGGAAAUCAACGGGGACAUUAAUGCAGUUGAUGGGAAGGAUUUCACAACUGAAACAGAUAUUUCCAACAAAACUGAGAAAUUGGUUUUGGAGGAACCACACAUAGAAAGUAAUAGUGAGGGACGGUCCACAGAGGAGGCUUGUACAGAUGCUGCUGAUGCCACAAGUGGACACUCCGAAAGCCGAUCAGUAGAUGAUGUUCCACAAGAUGCAAGUGUCUUGCCUGAGGCGGCAGCAUCUUCCACCGAAGUAGUAACCAACUUGGGGGAAGGAGUCAAAGCUGUUUCAGAGAAUGUAGGUCAAGACAUGGCUUCUAGCCCCAAUGGUACAGGAGAACCAAACGCGACCACCUCAGAUGUUCAGAAUUCUGAAAAGAAAAUUGCUAAGCUUGAUGUGUCGAGCAUUGCAUCUGAUACUGAAAACUUGGAAUUGAAGGCCAGCACAAGUAGUGAACCAGAACAGUCACAGAGAGCUGCUCCUGAGCCUGUAAAACAGACAGAUGUACAUAAGGGGGAACAAGCGGCUCCAUCAGAGGGGCAGAGGAGAGACUCCAGAUCGACUAUGUUUCGUAUUCCUGAGUUCAAAUGGUCGAUGAUGCAUCAGCGGCUGCUAACAGACCUUUUGUUUUCAAUUGAAACUGACAUCCAAAUGUGGCGAAGCCACUCUACAAAGACGAUAAUGGAUUUUGUGAACAGCAGCGACAAUGUCAUUUUUGUGCACAACACAAUCCACCUGGUCUCUCAGAUCACAGACAACAUGAUAAUGGCUUGUGGUGGUAUACUGCCAUUACUCUCUGCAGCAACAUCUGCCACGCACGAAUUGGAAAAUAUUGAGCCCACCCAAGGUCUUUCAAUCGAGGCAUCUGUAACAUUCCUUCAAAGGGCAAUUAGCCUAGUGGAUGUUCUCAUUUUUGCAAGUUCAUUGAGCUUUACAGACAUUGAGGCUGAAAAGAACAUGUCAUCUGGAGGAGUGUUACGUCAAUGCCUCAGACUAGUUUGUGCUGUUGCUGUUAGGAGUUGUCUGGAGUGUCAGCAGCACUUGCAAUUGAAAUCCACAGGAGAAAAUAUGAAAAACCAGAAAGUAAUUCAUGGCCUGGUGGGAACAGCAAAGUCUGUUGCAAAGAGUCCAUUGGACAUCACAACUGGAAUAAUGUCUCCUGUCCAAGACAUAGACAGACUUCUGCAAGACAUGGAUAUAAACCGUUUAAGAGCUGUGGUCUUCAGAGAUGUGGAGGACAGCAAACAGUCUCAGUUUUUAGCUCUGGCUGUAGUUUACUUCAUCUCUGUGCUCAUGGUAUCUAAAUAUCGAGACAUCUUGGAGCCUCAAAACGAGAGGAAGCAGCCUCCAGUCAGCAGCCCCUCCAGACAAGUGGAUAACGGCAGUGGAGAUGCUGGAACAUCAAACACACAAGAUGAUGUCGCACCAACUGAAGAACAAGCUGGCCCAAGUGACUCCGGCAGCGCCAUGUCAGUAAGAAGACGAGACUCUGGUAUUGGGGAGGAACCAGGUUUACCACCUAGCAGUAAUUUGGAGACCGAUGCCCCCAGAGCAGAUUCUGUGAGUUCAGGUCCCGAUGCCAUCAGUGAAGUGUUACACACUUUGUCAUCAGAAGUCAAAAAAUCUCAGGAAAGUGGAACUGAUGCUGUGAACGAGCAACCGACCAUGAAAAAUGUGAACGUAAAAGAUAUUCUCCGUAGCCUCGUCAGUACACCGGCUGAAGAGUCCCAGAUGGAUCCUGCUUUAAUACCACCUCCUUUUCUUGGAGCUCUUGGGGAUUCUGCUGUUGAACAUGCAGUGCAUUUUCGGUCUUUUGACAGGAGUGUUGUAAUAGCCCAGAAGAAGUCUGCUGCCCCCACGCCGUCAUCUCUCGGUGCCGUGCCGCACGCCGUUAGUGUCGUGUCAUCAAUGGAAGCUUCCCAAACGGCAGAAACUGACAGAGACUCUUCAGGCAGCGGAUCAUCCAAUGCAAAGCUACCAUCUGUCCAGGCUGUUGAUUCUGUACCAGAAGAUUCUGCUUCCCACAUGAGUAUUACAGAGAGGUUGGAACAUGCACUGGAAAAGGCCGCUCCACUCCUGAGGGAGAUAUUUGUGGACUUCGCCCCAUUUCUUUCUCGUACCCUUUUAGGAAGUCAUGGCCAAGAGUUACUUAUUGAGGGGACGAGCCUGGUGUGCAUGAAAUCUAGUAGCUCAGUCGUGGAGUUGGUCAUGCUUCUGUGCUCCCAGGAGUGGCAGAACUCCAUUCAGAAGAAUGCUGGACUUGCUUUCAUUGAGUUGGUUAAUGAAGGAAGAUUGCUGAGCCAAACAAUGAAAGAUCACUUGGUCAGGGUGGGAAAUGAAGCUGAAUUUAUCCUGAGCAGACAGCGUGCAGAGGAAAUACAUAGACAUGCAGAGUUUGAGUCUCUUUCUGCACAGUAUUCGUCAGAAAAGCGAGAAGAUGAAAAGAUGUGCGACCAUUUAAUUAGAGCUGCCAAGUACAGAGACCACAUGACUGCUACCCAGCUAGUGCAAAAAAUUAUCAAUAUCCUGACAGACAAGCACGGAGCCUGGGGAAGUUCCUCAGCAAGCCGGCCCCGGGAGUUCUGGCGCCUUGACUACUGGGAAGAUGACUUGAGGCGCCGACGACGAUUUGUGCGGAACCCCCUUGGUUCGACACAUCCUGAAGCGAUACUCAGAGCCGCCAUAGAACAUGAUCCAGAAGAAAGCGCUCUUGUGAAAGGAAAGCAGUCAAUCAGGAGCCAGGUUGUAGGAGGGCAGAUCGCUGAGAGUGAUAGCCUUCUGGAAGGGGAUGAUGACACCUUGUCAUCAUUAGAGGAGAAGGACUUGGAGAAUGUGACAGGUCCCGUGAGUCUGAGCACCCCUGCUCAAUUAAUAGCCCCCUCCGUGGUGUUAAAGGGAACCCUCUCUGUCACCUCCUUUGAACUCUACUUUGAGGUGGAUGAGGAUGAUCCGAACUUUAAGAAAAUGGAUGGGAAGAUUCUCAACUACACAGAGGGAGUUCAUGGAAAAUGGCUUUUCACAGAGAUUCGCGCCAUAUUUUCACGACGUUAUCUCCUGCAAAAUACAGCUCUGGAGCUAUUCAUGGCAAACCGAGUGUCUGUCAUGUUCAACUUUCCCGACCAAUCUACUGUGAAAAAGGUCGUUCAUUGUCUCCCCAGAGUUGGAAUUGGCACGAAUUUUGGUCUUCCUCAAACCAGGCGCAUCUCCCUGGCUAGCCCUCGGCAGAUAUUUAAAGCUUCCAACAUGACUCAGCGGUGGCAGCACAGAGAAAUCUCAAACUUUGAAUACUUGAUGUUCCUCAACACAAUAGCUGGACGAACCUACAAUGACUUGAAUCAGUACCCAGUUUUUCCUUGGGUUAUCACAAACUAUGAAUCUGAAGAGCUGGAUUUGACCCUCCCGAGCAACUUUAGGGAUUUGUCAAAGCCUGUUGGAGCCCUGAAUCCCAAGCGAGCAGCCUUCUUUGCAGAGCGCUAUGAGUCCUGGGAGGAUGAACAAGUUCCAAAAUUUCACUAUGGCACACAUUACUCUACGGCAAGCUUUGUACUCAGCUGGCUUUUAAGAAUGGAGCCCUUUACCACUUUUUUCCUCAAUUUCCAAGGUGGGAAAUUUGAUCAUGCUGACAGAACAUUUUCUUCCGUUUCAAGGGCGUGGCGUAAUUCGCAACGUGACACGUCAGACAUCAAGGAGCUCAUUCCUGAAUUCUACUACUUGCCGGAGAUGUUUGUGAACUCAAAUGAUUACAAUCUUGGAGUGAUGGAUGAUGGUACAGUAGUAUCUGAUGUGGAGCUUCCACCAUGGGCCAAAACUCCGGAAGGGUUUGUUCGUAUAAACAGAUUGGCCUUGGAAAGUGAAUUUGUUUCUUGCCAGCUCCACCAGUGGAUUGACCUUAUUUUUGGCUACAAGCAGCAGGGUCCUGAAGCUGUUCGAGCUCUAAAUGUGUUCUACUAUUUGACCUAUGAAGGAGCUGUCAAUCUGAGCUCUAUAACAGAUCCUGUCCUGAGAGAAGGUGUGGAGGCUCAAAUCCGUAGCUUUGGACAGACCCCAUCGCAGAUGUUAAUAGAGCCUCAUCCUCCAAGGAGUUCAGCCAUGCAAGUGACUCCACUGAUGUUUACAGACCAAGCUCAGCACGAUGUCAUUAUGGUUCUGAAGUUCCCCUCCAACUCACCCAUCACUCACGUCGCAGCGAAUACUCAGCCAGGGCUGACCAGUCCUGCAGUCAUUACUGUCACUGCUAACAGGCUGUUUGCAGUGAACAAGUGGCACAGUCUUCCUGCCCAUCAAGGUGCUGUGCAGGACCAGCCGUACCAGCUGCCGGUGGAGAUCGAUCCUCUCAUAGCCAACAACACUGGAAUGCACAGGAGGCAAAUCUCAGACCUUUUAGACCAAAGUAUCCAGGUCCAUUCCCAGUGCUUUGUGAUCACAGCCGACAAUCGCUUCAUAAUAGUCUGUGGCUUUUGGGACAAAAGUUUCCGCGUGUAUUCCACAGACACAGGCAAAUUAACUCAGGUGGUUUUUGGUCACUGGGAUGUGGUCACAUGCUUGGCCCGAUCUGAAUCUUACAUCGGAGGAGACUGUUACAUCCUCUCAGGAUCAAGAGAUGCAACAAUGUUGUUGUGGUAUUGGAAUGGCAAAAGCAAUGGCAUUGGAGACAAUCCAAAUAAUGAGUUUGCCACUCCUCGUGCAAUUCUGACUGGCCACGAUUGUGAGAUUACCUGCGCUGCUGUUUGCGCAGAACUUGGCCUCGUGAUAAGUGGUUCCAAAGAAGGUCCUUGUUUGAUACAUUCUAUGAAUGGAGAUCUUUUGAGGACACUAGAGGCUCCAGAAAACUGCCUUCAGCCCAAACUUAUCCAGGCUUCUAGAGAGGGACACUGUGUUAUAUACUAUGAGAGGGGACUUUUCUGUGUAUUCAGUGUGAAUGGGAAGCUGCAGGCCACAAAGGAAAUGGAUGACAAUACACGGGCUAUACUGUUGAGCCGAGAUGGGCAGUACCUUCUAACAGGAGGAGACAGUGGAGUUGUCAUGAUUUGGCAAGUAUGUGACCUGAAACAUCUGUUUGCCUACCCAGGCUGUGAUGCUGGCAUCCGAUCCAUGGCCAUGUCCUAUGACCAAAGGUGUAUAAUGACUGGAAUGGCAUCAGGGAGCAUUGUGCUCUUCUACAACGACUUUAACCGCUGGCACCAUGAAUAUCAGACAAGAUAUUGAUUCCAAGCAAGCUGUGGAUAUAUUACUGAUGCACUGAAAUUCUCACUUCCGUCAGGCCGUGAACGCCACCUGCCACUGCAUAGGUCCUUAGAAAUGGCUAUAUUACAUCUGAAUGUAAUUUAACAAAACUCAGAUCAGCAACUAUUUUUAGAAUUAAUUGCUAUUUUUGUAGAUCUUGCUUUACAUUUUUUGUGGGAUGAAAAACUUGCAGAAGUAUAAAGGCUGCUGGGUCAUGUAGUAAAAUAUAUAUAUAAAGAAAUAUAUAUUUUUUAGUCCUAAGGAGACGUUUAUUUUCAUCUGUGUAUCUGGAAAGUAAGCGUAGCUUGGUGGCCGGAUAAUUUAUGCCGGGUCUCUCACAAUGACUAAUUUUUUUCUGUCUUGAUUUUAUCCAAGUUACUGAGGAAUACUUCUCUCGAGACAUUUUAAUCUGCGACUUUUCAUACAUUUUAUGCCAUUCUGCAGCACCUUUUUCAUGUUUUUUCUCCCCCUAAAUGAUUGUACUAUUGCAGCACUGAGAAAAUACAAGGUCGGGAAUAUUAGUAAUCAUGGUUCAUUGCUGGUAUACAGUUUUGAAGAAAUGGGUUCCAUCUUGAUGUUAGAGCACUUUGCUCAGUAGUAGAUUACCCAUAGAGUUCUCAUUAAGUAGGGGAAGUAAAAUUGGUAGGAGAAUAGUAGAAUAAAUAGUGUGAGAUACAAAAUAUUGCCAGUAUAACAGGUUUAGCUCUAAGCAAGUAUAGUAUGAGAUUAGGACAACAUGGCUGCUUCCUUCCAGAAACAGCACCACUCUUGUCUGAUAUUAACAUAGUGGGAUUCACAGCUCUCUGUGGUUGACAGGGUGCUAGAGUAGGGUCCUGCCCUAUAAAUCACAAUCCCAGAGUACUCUGCACUUCAAUACAGUUAUAUUUUUAACAUUUCAGUCCAUAUAUACAGGGACCUUCUUUAAACAUGAUUGCUGCUGGACAAUAUCCGAGUAGAAGCGCGUUAAGAUAUGGACCAAUGUUUUAAAUGUCAGGCUCGUGAUAUUUAGUAUGUCGGUCCAUUAUAUAAUGCACUUCAUUGCUUCAACUUGGAAGUCCCCCUUUGGCCAGUGGCAAUCACGUUGAGGAUGGUCACUGUGUGUAUGGACCGAAAUAUUGCCUCUACAAUAAAAGCAUUGUAUAAGCCUAACCAUACAGGAGUGCCCAGUUCUCUUAUGGGUUUGAUACUAUAGCUCAGCCACAACCACUUGAAUUUGGUUAACCUGCAAUAACAUAUAUAGCUCAUGUAUGCACAAAUGUGUGUUUUUUUUGGUAAGGAAGCUUCCAUACUUGCUAUCUCAUACCAUGGGCUAAAAAGAAAAAAAGGACAAAAUAUUCUUGGUGACCAUUUAGGAGACGUUAGUACUAUUGAUGUCAUGUUGCUUCAGUGGAGCUGAUGUUACAUCACUCAUAAAUCUGUUUCUUUACUACUCUUCUAUGUGAAUAUGUUAAUAUCGAGCAGAACAUAGACAGCAUCUAAAAAUAUGCAGACAUUUUCAGGUGUAAUAGGAUCCACAUUUCUAUUCUCUUCCUCCUUAGUACUCUAGUGAUUUUCUGCCGCUCCACCUUGGGUACUAUUAGUUGUAGCACCAAAUCCUAUUGAUUAAAACGGUUUGUAAUAAGUGUCUGGUGCACCCCAGACAGUUCUACAGUAAUAAUGUGAA